AUGUUGCCUCUACUGCUGCUUGUCUGGACCUCCACGGCCGUCCUCGCCAUUCCGGUUGAAAAGCCCCUAGACCCUAUCCCCGGCGAACCCCCUUCCCUCUCCCAACCCGCUCCUCAAGAGAUUGAUGGGGUAAAGGAGCUCGAUGCCAGCUACCAGCUGCAUGCCCGAGCGAAACAGACGCGCCUCUACCUCGGCAACAUCUCAGUUGUGUUUAUGGCACUGGCCAUUGUAUAUUUCUCGCACACCAUUACGAGAUACAGGGAAGUUAAAGCUGAAGGAGACGACUUGGAUGAACGGUCUACAAACCUGUACAUUCACAUGGUUAUCAAACUGCUUAACAGCCGUGGAGUUUCAAAGAGCUCUGAAGUGACUUGCGCCUCGAUCGACUUCCACAAGGACACGAGAAUGGUGGGACAAACAUUCUAG